UUCUCAAAAGCAAAACAGUUAUUUUGUUUCAGAAAUGGAAUCCAAAAAUCUAUGGCAACUCAUCUCCUUCUAUCUCUCAACAACACUAACCCUUCUCCGUAACCUUGUUCUUCACAUCCUCACCUUUAACCAGUCCAUUGUCAAAUUCAUGGAUUCAAUCUUGUCCCUCUAUUUCCGUUCAUGCCAUCUCUCCCCCGUCGCCCUUGAUUUAGACGAUCAAACCACCCUCCAUUUCUGGGUUACCAAUCACCGUCGAUUCGACCAGCCGACUCUCGUCAUGGUUCAUGGCUAUGGCGGGAACCCUCUCUGGCAGUUCAUUUACCAAGUGGGUCCUCUGUCGCGAAGGUUCAAUUUGUUCAUCCCCGAUUUGUUGUUCUUCGGUAGAUCCUAUUCGAAAUCCCCGCUCAGAUCCGAUUUGUUCCAGGCGAAAUGCUUGUUGAAUGGGCUGGGGAAGCUCGGCGUCGAUCGGUUCUCCGUUUACGCCAUCAGUUACGGCGGGUUUGUGGCGUACCGGAUGGCGGAGAUGCGUCCGGACGCGGUGGAGAGAAUGGUUAUUAUGAGUAGUGGACUGUUGUAUUCCGACGAACAGAGGACGGCGCAGCUGACGGAAAUCGGACGGCAUCCGUCAGAGAUUCUUGUGCCGAAGAAACCCGAUGAUUUGAGGUUGCUGGUUAAACUAUCAAUGUGCAAGGAAAAUGCUUUGAAUUGGGUCCCUGAUUUUUUCAUUCGGCAGUUCAUAACCCUGAUGUAUGACCAUUGCCGGAAAGAGAAGGUUGAGCUUGCGAAUUACUUGGUGGAGAAGAAAGCCGACACAAAUCUUCCUGCUAUCCCUCAGGAAAUGCUGAUAAUUUGGGGGGAACAUGAUAAGGUCUUUCCAAUAGAACUUGCAUUCAAACUACAAAGGCACUUGGGUUCAAGUUCAAGGUUGGAGAUAAUCAAGAGUGCAGGGCAUGCUGCAAACAUGGAGUCACCUGAUGAGAUCAAUAAGUUAGUAGUAUCAUUUGUUUCGAGUUGAUCAUCCCUUCUAAACCGUGAUUACCAAUUUUAAUAAUCCUUGUUAUUGCAUACUUUUAACCCAUGUUUAUGAGUAUCUUUUUUUAAUUUUAACAUCGUGUUGGAGCAAUCUAGAUUAAAUAAAUUAUUCGUUGGACA